CGUACACACAAAGCACAAACAUAAAAAGGCAGGAGAGAGGCAAGACGUAAUGGUUUGACUCUGUGUGCGUGCUCUUGCGAUGACCGUGGCUCCUGCAUUAGCCUGCACAUUCCUCAAACGGGAGGCGCAAUGAAGGCCGGAGCCUCGUCCAUGUGGGCGUCAUGCUGCGGGCUGCUGAACGAGGUGAUGGGCACGGGAACGGUGCGGGCUCAGCAGCCCGGCUUCGGGGCCGGGGCCGGGCCUUUCCGCUUCGCCCCGAGCGCGGGGUACUCCACGUACCCGCCACCUAGCUCGGGGAGCGCCGGGCAGUUGUGCAAGGCCUGCGGACUGGCCUUCUCCGUCUUCAGACGUAAGCACGUGUGCUGCGACUGCAAGAAGAGCUUCUGCGCGCUGUGCUCCGUGCUGCAGGAGAACUUGCGCUGCUGCGCCACCUGCCACUUAUUGCGGGGCACCGCCUUCCAGAGGCCACGCCUCAUGCAGCUGCGUGUCAAGGACCUGCGGCAGUACCUGCUGCUACGCAACAUCCCCACCGACACCUGCAGGGAAAAGGAGGACCUGGUGGAACUGGUUUUGUGCCACCGGGGCACCCGGGAGCCGCCCCGACCUGUGAUGGUGGUGCAGGAGGAGGAAGAGGAGGAAGACGAAGAAGAGGAAGUGGAUGGAGACACGCCCGAGGAACGGGAGGGACAUGAUGAAGAUGAUACAGACAGUCUCCACUCACGUGCCGCCUCGCCGCCCUCCCCCGCCGACUCAACAUCCGAACAGUCGCUUGGAUCCGCCUCUCAGGGAGUCGUGCUCAGCCCAAGUGACAGCUCAGGGACCCCAAGCCAGUUUUCCCCUCAGGAGCCCGAGGACACGGCCAGCGUGUCGCUCCUCAAUCUGGAGCAGACGGCGAGCCCGACGGAGGCCAUCCCGGCCACGCAGAGGAGGGUCCGCGCCUCGCUGUCCGAUUUGGACGACGAGGACGCCAUUGAGAGGCUGUCGGUUCGCCAGUUGAAGGAAAUCCUCGCCAGGAACUUCGUCAACUACUCGGGCUGCUGCGAAAAGUGGGAGCUGCUGGAGCGCGUGCAUCGCCUCUACAGAGAAAACGAGCUCAACAGGAAGUCCAUGGAAAAUGUAAGCAUUACUGCAGUGGUUGCAUAUCCUCCACCUUUGUGCAACAGUGCUGUCGGAGACGGCGUGAAAGCCCAGCUGGCCUCUGACGAUAAUCUUUGUCGCAUCUGCAUGGACGCCAUCAUUGACUGUGUUCUGCUGGAGUGCGGCCACAUGGUGACCUGCACCAAAUGCGGCAAGAGGAUGAACGAGUGCCCCAUCUGCAGGCAAUACGUAGUGCGGGCCGUGCACGUCUUCAAGUCCUAGAAAAACUCUCGCCGUCAAAGACACUGAAAUGGGAGCGAGCGGCUUGGACCGGCGGUUCUUGUGUGACACGGCAGGGGUUCGAGUUGACACGGUCGACUACAACAUGUGCAAUACUCUUAAAAAAAAAAGGAGACGUGUGUGUGUGUGUGUGACAGAUUUGAGAAUGUGUGUGUUUUUAUUAAUAUAGAAUCUUGGUUCUAGUUUAACAGCACAUUUUAUGUUAGCAGAUGACGUCAAAUAACACGCCAAUACCCUCAUCCUCUUAACUUUGCUUUUCAGAGCCAGCAAGUUUGAUGUGAUGGUAGAAAGCAGUUUACAGUAAGGGUUUAUUUUUGUUUCGAGUCAUUACUGGCCAAAAAAUAGCAGGACUGCGAAUCCGGAACACGCGAGUUUAGUGUAAAUUAUCGGGUUACCCACAAUUUAUUUGUCAUUUCUUGUUUUGACAAACACUAUCAGUUUUCACGUCAUCAAUUUGAUCAUAACAGCUGCUGCUCGAUGAUAUCUUCUUCCCACCCUGACAGAGGUCAUGGUCUUUUUCACUUCAGUCUGUUGUGCAAAGGAAGUGAGACACUUUCUUUGAUAUCUGCUCAUCCAUGUAAACAAAAAUAUGUAUGGAAUUGCUGUUACUGUAAAUGUGUUGCAUAUAGAUAGCUUCCAUUGUUGUUAUGAAUUAAAUGUAUAUUUUUUCAUGGGC